AUGUCACGAUUUGCCGUUGAACAGGUGAUGCGAGAUGAAGAAGCAAUUAAGGAAGCGACAAAGCAAUUGUUAAAACCGAAAAUCGCAAAAGAGAAACCUCAAGUUGAUCCCGAGCAGUCUUCCGUUGCGCAUCAAACAAAACAACACCAACAAGUGUUGAUUCAAACUCCAAAGCAAGUAGUUUGCUUAUAUCCUUCUCAUCAGAAUUCUGAGAAUGAGGAUCAAAAUUAUUCAACAAAAAGAAAUUUGCUACCUAAACUGACCAGUUUCAAUUUAUUCCUCAAGAAAAUGAACGAAAUAUCGGAGGAACGAGCCAGUAGAAGUCCAUCAUCCAUGUCGAAUAGUGAUAGCCCUCAACGAUAG